AUGUCCCUAAGUACCUGUCCUGGUUUCAGGACCCUUCACCAGCUCUGUAGCCCUUCUCUGGGCAUACUCCAGGGCCUCGAUGUCCUUCUUGUAGUGAGGGGCACAAAACUGAACACAGUAAUCAAGGUGCGGCCUCACCAGAGAGGAGUACAGGGGAACGAUCACCUCCCUGGUCCUGCUGGCUACACUAUUCCUGAUACAAGCCAGGAUGCCAUUGGUCUUCUUGGCCACCUGGACACACUGUCGGCUCAUAUUCAGGUCCUUCACCACCUUCGUCGCCCUCCUCUGGACACUCUCCAACAGUUUAAUGUCCUUUUUGUACUGUGGUGCCCAGAACUGCACACAGUACUCGAGGUGAGGCCGCAACAGCGCAGAGUGGAGCAGGACCAUCACUUCCCUCGACCGACUAACAAUGCUGUGCUUGAUGCAUCCCAGGAUACAGUUGGCCCUCCUGGCUGCCAGGGCACGCUGCUGGCUCAUAUUCAACUUGCUGUCAACCACAACCCCCAGAUCCCUCUCUGCAGGGCUGCUCUCCAGCGUCUCGUCGCCCAGUCUGUAUGUAUAGCCAGGGUUGCCCCGUCCCAGGUGCAGGACCCGGCACUUGCUUUUGUUAAACUUCAUGUGGUUGGUGAUCGCCCAGUUCUCCAAUCUGUCCAGAUCUCUCUGCAAGAGAGCCUUGUAUAAGGCUGCCACUGACGUUGUUAAAGUAAUAAUGUUCACAUACGUUCACAAUCAUUAACAAUAAUAUGGUACCUUAUUGUUUGCCUUCUUUAGGACUAAAGAUGCCCUAUGUUUAACUUAUUGUACAACUAAAGGUACGGUGCUAUAUUUAUU